AUGUCUUCCACCACCCCCAACCAGUCCGUCCUCGACGACGCUCGCAUCAUUGCCUUGAAGGAGGGCACAACUCUGAAGUGGGCGGAGAUCGCCAAUCACUUCCCCAACAGGACGAAAGGCAGCGUCCAAGUCAGGUACUGUCGGUACCUCAGGGCUGACACCACCGCCCGCCGCGCCGCCCUCGCCGCCAACGCCGCCGCAGUUCCGGUCCCGCCUUCGGCCAGCGCUGGCGCUGGUCCCGCCAGUUCCGCCCCUGCUGCCCCCACCACCGCCGCCGCCGCCGCCGCCGCUCCCACCACCACCACCACCACCACCACCACGACCAGCGGCCCGGCCCCCGGCGCCUCGUCCUCCGCCUCCUCGGCGCCCGCGUCUGCUCCGGCUGCUGGCAGCCGCAAGCGGACGCGGGCUGCCACCGCUGCCGCCGCCGCCGCCGAACUCGCCGCCGCCGCCGCCAACAUCUCCGCCGCCGCCACCGCCAUCUCCGCCGCCGCCGCCGCCAUGGACUCGGCCGUCCCCGACGACGGCCCCGCGCCCAAACGGGCCAGGACGGCCCGCCGCACGACGACGACUGCGGCGGCGUCCGCCGCGUCCGCCGCCAGCGCUGCGCCCGUCGCGGGCCCGUCCAGCGCGCGCCCCGCCGCCCCGCCCGCCCAGCCCGCCGGUGUGAGAAGGAGGAGGAGGAGGAACGCUCCCGCUCGCCCUGCCGCUCCUGCCGUGCCUGCUCCUGCGCCUGCUCCUGUUGGUGGAAGCGGCCCGUCUGCCCGCGCGCAGCGCGCUGCGCGGCGUGGUUUGCUGAGGGCGGGUGAGGUGGAGGUGGAGGGGACGGGGCUCAGGAUCCCGUAUGGAGGGGAGUUGCGGGAGACGAGGUGGAUCACUAGGGAGCACUUCCCUAGUGUGUACAGCACGGUUGAGAAUGGGGGUGUGGGGUGGGGGGAUGCGAGGUGGGAGGGGUUCACGGGGAGGUACAGAUGA